UAUAUUUCGGAUGGAUCGGAGAUAAAAAGCAAAAGCCUUAUUGUUUUUCAGUUGUUUAAACAAGUUUUUUGUUAUUUCUGUGUAACUAAAAUUAUUGUGGUUAAUGUUAAUCAGCUACCUGCUUGUGUAAAAUAGUUCAAAAUGCCGAAGAAAACUAAAAAGGUCAAAACAGGCAAAGGAAAGGUAAAGAAGGGGAAGAAGAAGGAAAAGAAAUUCUCUGAUACAGCACUUGCCACAGCCAACUCAAAGAUAUGGGAAGCUCGGUUGGCUACCACAGAGAUGUCCCGACAAGAAUUCCGAGAGAGUUCAAAACAUCUUGCCCUUGAGAAUGAAGCCCUACAAGUGUCGAUGCAGAAGACAGAAAGGGACACAGUGGAAGUUAUAACAUUCUUGAAAAGAGAGGAUCAAGCUAAGGAGGACCUUAUUUCAAAAUUGCAGAAACAAUUGAAGGACACAAAAAGAGAAACCAGGAAAGAAAAGGAGAUCAUUAUUGCAGACUUCACUGAAAAAAUACAGCAGCUUGAAGAUGCCCUGCAGGAGAAGUCCAAUGAAGUGAAAUUGAUGCAAAGUGAAUUGAAACUUGUUAAGGAAUUCAGACGGAAGCGUGGGCAGAUGCAAAAAGAACUUGAGGAGAUAAAAGAAGACAUGUUUUUGACGAAUAAAGAACACAAAGAGCAACUGCAAAGGAUGGAGCACAAGUUCUUUGAGGAAAAGAUCCGAUUGCAACAGGAAGCAAGUCAGAAGAUCGCGGAACUUGCGGAGAGAGCCCACACAGAAGCUAUCAGUAAAUUGGAUGAGACAACUCGAUCUGUUUACAAAGAAAAUGUGCGUGUGAAUGAGGCUCUGUGUUACCACAUGAAAGAAACAAGUGAGUUGGAAAAAGCUAAAGGGGAACUGGUGACCAAGAACAAGCAGCUAGAAGACUGUCUCUUAUACACAUCUAAGCUAUCAGGUGAUGUGUUACAAGAGAAAGUAUCAAGUCUUGAGACUGCACUCAGCCACAUGGUGAAGGAGUUUGAGCGAGAACGCGAGAUUGUUGUCAGCAAGGCUUCCAUCGAGACCGAAUCCAGUAAAGUGGAGAUUGCUAAGCUACUGCGUACAGUUGAAAUGAGAUCGAAAGAAAUGAAUAAAGUGAAACGACUGGCAAAGGCUGUACUUGAUCAGAGGACUGAAAUGGAACAAUUUUUCCUUGAUUCUUUGGAGCUUGUGAAGAAAGAGAUCGUUGCAAAUCGUGCUAAGUACCGUCGAGAUGCUGCAAUGGCAUACCACAGACGAAUGCUAGAUGCACAUGCCGGCAAAGUAGACUACCCAAAAAUAAGAACCUUCCGUAAUUCCGACACCAGCACCAAUAGUGUUUACAACGACCUGAAAGCGGCUGAAGAUUGGAGUGGACUUGGAGUCCAAUUGGAUCUUAAAGAUUUGACUUGGGAACAAAGAGAGCGCGUUCUCAGACUUUUGUUUGCCAAGAUGAAUGGAAAUAAAGUACGUCCUCACCCUCCGUCUGACGUUGGUCCGAAUAAAACAAGGUUAUCAUCUUCAAUUGAAAGGUUAGCUAUUGAAGGUCCGUCUGAGCAAGAUAAAACUUUUCUAACUCAAGCCCACAUGGAUGGUUCAAUGGAACGUAAUAUCAUACCCGCUAUCACUGCAUCAGCAGGUUCAAUAAAAGCCAAUAUUAUCCCUGAUAUUGGAGCGUCAACAAAAGAUACACAGCAAGAGUUGGCACUAGUCUCAUAAAAUCUGAACAUGGGACUCAAAACCAAGCAAAAUUAAAGACUAAAUCAUAUUCCAAUUCAUAAAUUGUAUUUAUCAUUUAAUUUCAAUGUGUUUAACGAUUUGUUUAGCACUUGUAUCAUGUUUAUUUGUAGAUUUUAAAAACUUAUUUUUUAUAAUGAGGUGCUUAUUAAUAAUCUUCUAUAACCUGUCUACCAAUUUGACAUUUUAUGAGUAUAUAGCUUAUUACAUGAUUUAUUUGAAUUUGGAAAAUGUAAACUAAUAUAAGUGAAUUGUAUAUUAAAACUAUUAUUAUUAUUAUGAUAAUAAUAAUUAUUAUUACUUUUA